AUGGCUCAGAUCAAACGCAAGCUGAACGCUAGCUCAAAGUCGAAGUCCAAAAGCAAAUCGAAAUCGACCCACUCCUUGGGAUCUUCAUCAUCCACCAAACCCCAACCUAGAGCUCGAUUAGCGCCGAACGAACUGAAAUGGAAAGCAGUCAACACGUCUUCCUUCUCCGGUAUAGAUGGUGGAGGCGGUAUGAUGAUGCUUGAGGAGUUAGAUGAUGUGGACAUAGAGUGGGAUGAAGGAGAAGGUGGAAGUAGAGUAGCUAGAUUUGUCGCUACGGAAGGGAAGAAGAAGAAAGGUAAAGGAAAAGAGAAGGCUGUAGAAGAUGUACCUGAGAUAACUGAGGAUUUCGAGGAAGAACAAGAGCAGGGGGAUGUAGCAGAUGAAGAGGAAGAAGUAACGGAUGAAGCAAACGAGGAAGAGGAAGAAUUUCCGGAUUUCGCGGCUCUAGCUCAAGAAGAUAUGAACGAUGAGGAUGACGAAGAUCAUGAAGAUGAUGAAGAUGAAGGAGAAGGAGAGGAAGAGCCAUCUUUUGACGAUGCUUUAUUACCCGAAUGGAAGGAUAUCACUCUCCAUACCGCUCUGAAGAAAGGUUUCCUAGCUGCUGGAUAUGUCAGACCAACCGAUAUUCAAAAACGAGCUAUACCGGCUGGUUUGUCAGGAAGAGAUGUUGUAGGAGUAGCAGAAACUGGUUCCGGUAAAACACUUGCAUAUUCUUUACCUAUCCUCUCUUACCUACUUCGAAAGUCUUUACCCGCAUCUAAGAAAAGGAAGUUGAGCGGAUUGAUCUUGUGUCCAACGAGAGAAUUAGCUCUUCAGGUGGUAGAUCACUUGAAUGCUCUGCUGAAACAUACGAUAUCCACAUCCGAGGAUGACGAGGAGGAGGAAGGGACAUCAAGCAAAAGCAAGGGACCACCAAGGAUCAGCGUAGGAAGUGUCGUAGGAGGAUUAUCCGCUCAAAAACAAAAGCGUAUAUUGGAUAGAGGAUGCGAUAUAUUGGUUGCUACGCCCGGUAGAUUAUGGGAUUUGAUCAAAGCGGAUGACGAACUUGCAAGUGGGAUAAGGACACUGAGAUUUUUGGUCAUUGACGAAGCGGAUAGGAUGAUUGAGAAUGGACAUUUUGCAGAGUUGGAAAAUAUUGUCAGACUCACUCAACGAUCUGAAGCUGCAACGCAAGGACCAGAUGACGAUGAUCCGGUAUUCGCUCAGAUGUCGACGAUGUUGGAAGGCUCCAAAGCGAGAGAUGAUAUGCAGACGUUCGUUUUCUCAGCUACCUUGUCUAAGGAUUUACAACGGAAUCUUAAGAGGAGGCAUCAAAGCGGUGGUAGGAGGAAGGGAAAACGAAGUUCGACGUUAGAGGAUCUGGUGGACAAACUGGAUUUCAGAGAUCCCAAACCGGAAGUUAUUGAUCUUAGUCCGGAAGGUGGAGUGGUAUCGACCUUGAGGGAGAGUAUGAUCGAAUGUGUAGUAUCGGACAAAGACUUAUACCUAUACUAUUUCCUCUUACGUUAUCCUGGACGAUCUCUCGUCUUCGUAGGAUCCAUCGAUGGUAUUCGACGACUUAUCCCUCUGUUCACCUUACUUCAAUUACCCAUCUUCCCCUUACACUCCCAACUUCAGCAGAAACAGCGACUUAAAAAUCUCGACAGGUUCAAAUCGACUAAAAAUGGAAUAUUGAUAGCUACGGACGUAGCUGCAAGAGGAUUGGACAUACCACAAGUAGACCAUGUUAUACAUUUUAACCUUCCCCGAACGGCUGAUGCCUACAUCCAUCGAAGUGGUAGAACGGCAAGAGCCAAGAAUGAAGGAUUUGCUUUGCAACUUUGUAGUCCUGAAGACAAAGGGGUACAGAGAGCUCUGAUGAAGAGUCUAGGUAGGACUCAUGAAUUACCUGAAUUACCAAUCGAAAGUGGAUUCCUGCCCUCUCUCCGAGAGAGAAUACGUAUAGCAAGGGAAAUUGAGAAAGCCGAACAUACUCAACAGAAAUCAAUACAUGAUAAAAACUGGUUGAUCGAAACUGCUGAAUUGAUGGAUCUGGAUAUUGAUCCUGAUUUAUUGUCAGAUCAAGAUGAUCAAGAUGCGGAUUUGCCUUAUACGAAGAAACAGAAGACUAAAAAGGGUGCUAAGAGGGUUGAUGUAAGGGCGUUGAAAGAUGAAUUAAGGGGAUUGUUAAGUGAGAAAUUACUGGCGAGAGGUGUUAGUGCGAGAUACCCUACGAGUGGAAGUAAGAUUAUUGUAGAUGAUCUACUGAGAGAAACUGGACAUGCCACUUUACUUGGUGCAGGGACGAAGAAGGCUUAUGAUGAAGUGCAGAGUAGCAAGGGGAAGAGGAAGUUGGGUCAGAAGAGGGGUGGUGCUGCUGGUGGAUUGCUGAAUAAGAAGAAGAAGAUAUAG